UGUUUACAAGAUGACAUCAGAGAGGUCGGUGUUUGUCGGACAUCAAAACUAAAUUCAUACUUUUUAGAUGUUGUUAAUAUGACGUUGACUGUGGAGACACCGUUUUGUGUGAGUGUGUGUGUGUGUGCACAGAUCUGUUUGUGUAGGUCAUAGAGUUUGAUGAAAGAAUAAUAGUGUAUAAACUUAAUCUAAAUGUAGUGGAGGUUCUAUUUAUGAUUCUGUGUCAUCUGAAAUACACAGACUGAGUGUGUCUUUCAGAUCUGAAAUCCUGCAGAACCUGAACUGAGCAUGCAUGCGCGCACACACACACACACACAUGUUAAUCCAGGUUGUGCAACAGGCAGCAGGAUGAAGCAACAGCAACAGAAUGACUCAGAAAACCAGAAGUAAAGAAGAAAAGUAAGAAGAGAGAGAGACAGACGGGAUGUGGGGUGAGACAAUCACUGACCAUAAGAAGAGAGAGACAGACUGGAUGUGGGGUGAGACAAUCACUGACCAUAAGAAGAGAGAGACAGACUGGAUGUGGGGUGAGACAAUCACUGACCAUAAGAAGAGAGAGACAGACUGGAUGUGGGGUGAGACGAUCACUGACCAUAAGAAGAGAGAGAUAGACGGGAUGUGGGGUUAGACAAUCACUGACCAUAAGAAGAGAGAGAGACGGGAUGUGGGGUGAGACGAUCACUGACCAUAAGAAGAGAGAGAUAGACGGGAUGUGGGGUGAGACGAUCACUGACCAUAAGAAGAGAGAGAUAGACUGGAUGUGGGGUGAGACGAUCACUGACCAUAAGAAGAGAGAGAUAGACGGGAUGUGGGGUUAGACAAUCACUGACGAUAAGAAGAGAGAGAUAGACGGGAUGUGGGGUUAGACAAUCACUGACCAUAAGAAGAGAGAGACAGACUGGAUGUGGGGUGAGACGAUCACUGACCAUAAGAAGAGAGAGAGACUGGAUGUGGGGUGAGACGAUCACUGACCAUAAGAAGAGAGAGAUAGACGGGAUGUGGGGUGAGACGAUCACUGACCAUAAGAAGAGAGAUAGACUGGAUGUGGGGUGAGACAAUCACUGACCAUAAGAAGAGAGAGACAGACUGGAUGUGGGGUGAGACAAUCACUGACCAUAAGAAGAGAGAGACAGACUGGAUGUGGGGUGAGACGAUCACUGACCAUAAGAAGAGAGAGAUAGAGGGGAUGUGGGGUUAGACAAUCACUGACCAUAAGAAGAGAGAGAGACGGGAUGUGGGGUGAGACGAUCACUGACCAUAAGAAGAGAGAUAGACGGGAUGUGGGGUGAGACGAUCACUGACCAUAAGAAGAGAGAGACAGACUGGAUGUGGGGUGAGACAAUCACUGACCAUAAGAAGAGAGAGACGGGAUGUGGAGUGAGACGAUCACUGACCAUAAGAAGAGAGAGACAGACGGGAUGUGGGGUGAGACAGUGUUGUUUAACCUGCUAGUGCUGAUUCUUUGUGUUUCAGUGAUCCUGAGUGUGGGAGCCUGUCUGUGAGGGAGGAUGAGUGGUGGUAAAAAGAGGAGUGGCUUCCAAAUCACGAGCGUGACUUCAGACAGCGUCGUCCUGACCGUUCUCCAAUCAGCAGCUGCCUUUUGCAGCCCUCAAGGAAGCUCCUCCCAGCCCACCACCCCCUCUCUGAAGAGGAAAUACAUCUCCCAUGAUGCCUUUGGGCAGGGGGUGGGGUCUUCCUCCAGGUUCAGGGUGGUGAGGCUGGCGGUGGGAGGGGCCUGUGAUGGUGGGCGGGGCGAGCCAUAUCGCCGCGGGCGAUGGACUUGCACAGAAUUUACAGAGCAUCUAGAAGGGGCGGGGUUUAGGCGGGUGAUGGACUCUAUGAGACAUGCCCACUCGCUGGAAUCCUUGGAGAUCAUUGGCCGAGACAUAGACAGGGGCGGAGUCCAUUCCCAUUACACCGACCACCUUUCUGCUCAGCCAAUCAAAGGAAAGGAAGAAGCAAGUCUAAUACAGCUGAGUGAGCCAUCUUCACCAACACACCAAGAACCAAUCAUCCGGCUCCUGGACUGGAAAGAGCCAAUGGGAGCUCAGGGUUCUGACUCCAAUCCUGCAUCUCCCUUGACCCGCCCCCGAAACAUCCUUCCCCCGCUGCGAUUGGACGUUGACUCUCCCGGCCGGUCUGUCUUCAAACUGUCUCACUCUCAACCAAGCUCCCCCCCCGCUGGAGCGUACCAUCCCCCUUUGACCCCUGCUCGAACGCCAGCAAUCUUCAGUCUGGACCAAGCCAUCUUCAGCCUGCCGGGGGACGCAAGCAGCUCCGGCAGCAGUCUGAUUGCCAUCGACAACAAAAUCGAGGCAGCAAUGGACCUGGUUAAGAGUCACCUGAUGCUGGCGGUCAGAGAGGAGGUGGAGCUUCUCAGGGAACAAAUCAGAGAGCUGCAAGAAAAUAACCUACAGCUGGAGAGAGAAAACCAAAUCCUGAGAAGACUUACACACAAUGUACACAACACACACAACCCCUAACACACACUAACACACGUACAGAAUAAAUAUAAUAUACAGAAUCCAAACAGCACCUAACUCACAGUAUGCACACAAUAAACAACACACACAUUGUACAUAAUACACAUCAUGUAACACACAA